GUCGUUUCAUGAGUUAAAAAAUGUUAAAUUUUUAGAACGAGGCUGUGCAUCUGACGAUGGUUUUCAGCCACGUGGUAAUUCUAUCGACAGUGGAUAUGGUCACGCUGAUGACGCCAAAAUGUUAUUGUUUUUUGGAACGGAUGGUUUCAAAACCAGCAGUCUUGAUCCUGGGUUGGGAACAGUAACUUUUGAAUUCGAAAUAAAGUGUGAAGGGCCGUGUUAUUUGACCUUUUAUCAGGUAGCGUUUCAGAAUCACGUUGUAUAUAUUUGAGGCGGCGUUUUAAACGGCGUACUUUUCAUGUGCCGAACUUUAUUGCCGAAUUAGGUACGGCACAAGAGCGACGUAUAAAUCAAUGGACCUCUUACCUAUAAAUAACCAAAAAUUUGAUCUCAACAAGUCUAGACAAAAAUUUCAUCAGAACUUGAAAGAGCAUCACAAAAUUAGUAAUAUUCCGAAGUUUCGUUGCAAAAUGUUGUAAAAUGCGGAUAAAAAUAUAGCCCUGCGAAGUUUGCCGUUUUUCAGUCAUUUUGUAUUACGCACGGGAAAUUGGUAUCGCUUUCUGAAAAAAGCCGUGUCAAUAUCCCACGCGCAAUACAAAAUGACUGAAAAACGGCAAACUUCGCAGGGCUAUAUUAUCCACAUUUUACAACAUUUCGCAACGAAACUUCGGAAUAUUACUAAUUUUGUGAUGCUCUUUCAAGUUCUGAUGAAAUUUUUGUCUGGACUUGUCUAGAUCAAAACUUUGUUCAUUAGGGAAUAGGUCCAUCCAGUGCCGAAUUAACCAUAUGGCAUAAGUGGUAUCUGCCCGCGCUUUUGGAGGCCCCGAGCUUAUUCCUUUCGAUUAAAGUGAACUAUGGUUAUGAUUAACUUGAACCACGGUUAUGAUUAAAUUUUUGAAUUAGGUUGAAUGGUAUUAUGGUAAUGGUAAUGGCAAUGACAUUCAAAGGCAUUACCAUCCAAGUUGAAUGGUUAUGCCGAUAAUAUUCAACGCCAUAACCAUCCAAGUUGAAUGGUUAUGCCGAUAUUAUUCAAAGGCAUAACCAUAACUACAGGGUGUAUCAAAAAAACUGAACAGAUUUGAAAUUACUCUCAAUUUCGCAAAACACUUAUUUGUAUCCGGUUUAUUAUAUAUAUAGCUUCUUUGGAUACUUAUAAUGUAGAAUAAUGAAAAAAAUUUCUUGAACUCAAAUUUUGUGAACCAGGGGGGGGUGUCUUUUCCAACAAACUAAAAAUGGCUCGCGCACAAAAUUUAUAAGUUGUAAUCAUAUUUUGAGUUAAUAGAUGGAAAAUUUGUCGGGAUUUUAAUUACUGUACAAAAUUUCAGACAAUUUGGUUUAGUUUUUAAGCCUUUAACUAUUCACGCAAAGUGAAAAAUUCACCUAAAAAUCAGCUAUUUGCAUACUUAAUUAAUGCCUUUGCCUAAUUUGCAUAUGUUACCAAUAUGCAAAUUAGGUAAAGGCAUUAAUUAAGCAUGCGAAAGGCUGAUUUUUUACAUUAAAAUGAAUAGUUAAAGCGCUUAAAUUAAACCAAAUUGUCUGAAAUUUUGUACAGUAAUUAAAAACCCGACAAAGUUUCCAUCUAUUAACUCAAAAUGUUUACUCAAAACGUUUAAAUUUUGUGCGCGAGCCAUUUUUAGUUUGUUGGAAAAGACACCCCCCCUGGUUACAAAAUUUGAGUUUGAGAAAUUUUUUUCAUUAUUCUACAUUAUAAUAUUUUUUUGAUACACCCUGUAUAGUUAGGAAUAUAGUUAGGGCUACGUUUGGUUAAGGUUAGGACUAUGAUAUGUGUUAGGGUGUAUUUUGCUGCAGAUAAAAUGUUUCCUCCAAGAUAUAAUAUGCAACCAUUGUUUCAUAGUUACACAGCGAAAAGAGCGUGGAAAGUGGUCGUUACGAAAAGAUAAAAGAAUGGCACGGAGAACAGUCAAAACGAACAUACUCGUAUGUUGUUUUUGCUAUUUUAAUUCGCUAUAUUAAACUUAACUUUAUCUAGAUGUGAACUAAACUGACUUUAUUUAUACUGGAUAGCUCGAUCAGCUCUAAAGUGUUCUUCGUAUAGAGGUCUAGUAAGGAUCAUCUCUUCUUGAUCCAGUGUUACUGCAGUAGGAAACCUAAACUAAACUACCUUUCUGUGUACUGGAUAACUCUAUCAGUUCUAAACUGUUCUUUGCAGAGGUUCCCAUCUCUAACUGAUCCAGUCAGUGUUGCUACAGGAGGAAACCUAAACUAAACUAACUUUAUUUAUACUGGAUGAGAACUUUGGCUGUUCAUCCAGCUAAUCCUUAGCUCUAUCAGUUCUAAAUUGUUCUUUGCAGAGGUUCCCAUCUCUUAUUGAUCCAAUGUUACUACAGGAGGAAACCUAAACUAAACUACCUUUAUUUAUACUGGAUAGCUCUAUCAGUUCUAAACUGUUCUCCCUAGAGGUCCAGUAAGGAUCAUCUCUUAUUGAUCCAGUGUUACUACAGGAGGAAACCUAAACUAAACUAACUUUAUUUAUACUGGAUAGCUGUUCAGUUCUAAACUGUUCUUCCUAGAGGUCUAGUAAGAAUCAUCUCUUAUUGAUCCAGUGUUACUACAGGAGGAAAUCUAAACUAAACUAACUUUAUUUAUCAACUGGAUAGCUCUAUCAGUUGUAAACUGUUCUUCUUAGAGGUCCAGUAAGGAUCAUCUCUUAUUGAUCCAUGCAGUGCUACUACAGGAGGAAACCUAAACUAAACUAACUUUAUUUAGACUGGAUAACUCUAUCAGUUCUAAACUGUUCUUCCUAGAAGUCCAAUAAGAAUCAUCUCUUAUUGAUCCAGUGUUACUACAGGAGGAAACCUGAACUAAACUAACUUUAUUUAGCUCUAUCACUUAUAAAAUUAAAUCUGGAAUCAAACCGGAAAAAUAGGGUUGAAAUGUAGUAGUGACCACUGCAUGUAGGAGGAUUAUAUAUAAUUAUGUGGAUGUCAUGGUAUACGUUGUCCAGUAAGUAUUUUUGUUCUCUAUUUAGUUUUGUGGCGACAGCAAGGCACACGGAGGGAUUCUACUGGGUAUUCAGGAAAGGUAAACAUGGAAAUUACGAAGAAAACGAAAUCAAUGACGAUGGAGGGCAUUUUAAUUACAGAAAUGACAAGUAUGUAUUUGUACUGUGAUAGUGCAAUGUUAUAUCUGUGAGAUACAUACAGCUUUAAGCUUCGCGUUAUACGGCAAACGCCAGGCAAAGAAAAAUUUUACGGUAUCAGGCAAUAAAGAAUAAAUGAACUUGCUGUUUUAAAACUGCAAUGCUUGACUAUUCUUUCGACACAAGAAAGAAAAUAUGAAACGAAAACGUUUAACGAAAAUUUUGCGAAGAAAGUUUAAACCUGCCGUUUGCCGUUCCCGGAAACGCGAAGCUUAAACUCCCCAUUAAGUAUCGUGUAUAAAUCAAUACGAAAGGCUAUUGACUCAUAUUUCAUCAGGGCAGGGCAGAUCUCCCACGCCGGGGAAGGAUUUUUGACGUGGUUAUCGAAAGAACCGUAUUAUGUGUACGCUUCUCAAGUUGUAACAAUGCUGUUAUUUUAUCAAGUUGCUACAAGGUUGUCACUCACAACUUGUUGACAAAUUGUCGAAUUGCAGAACGAUAACAAGUUAUUGGAACAACUUGUAAUAAGUCUGUUGAGCUUAACAACCGAGGAUACCUAUUUGCCGUGCCAAAGAUUCGAGAUCGGAAUCGAGCUUGAAUCCUUGGCUCGGUAUAUAGUAUAUCUCUCAACAACCUUGUAGCAAAUUGUCAACGAGCCGUUGAUAACUUGUCAACAAGCUGGGAACAAGCAGUGCGAACACAUCCUGUUGACAAGUUGUUGGAACAGCAUUGCUAUACAAGUCUGCUGCAGUUUUGUUACAACUUGUGCGUUUUUACUUGUGUAGAACCGUUUAAAGCAUGGUAUCUUAUGGUAUCAUAUUUUUGUUAAUUCUAGAGUGGUAUUUUAUUUCAUCAAAAUAACAAAGACAGUCGAUGGUGGCGCUGCAGGGUGCAAGAAAUGUCCUGUCGGAAUGAAAGACAAAGGGUAAAUUGUUUGAGAUGUGCAAUGGGUUUUUUUAUCAAGGCAAGAAGAACGAAAUCCAUCACCACAGCUAGAAAGAGCAUCUUAGAAUGAGUAAAACUGCAAAGAUUGUUCGCGAAAUGUUUUGAAAUGAAGAAAACUUAUAGCCCUAUGAAGUUCGAAAAUUUUUGUAUUGGGCGCGGUAAAAAUAACCACUUUCGGUUCAAAAAUGGUUAAUGCAAAUAUAUACAAAAUUUGCGAACUUCACAGGGCUAUAUUUUCCUCAUUUUACAACAAUUCGCAACCAAACUUUGCUAUUUUACUCAUUUUAAGAUUUUACUCAUUUUAUGGUAAUGGUUUCGCUCCUCUUGUCUAGAUCAAAAUUUCAUCUAUAGCUGCAAUUAUAACAGGCGGGAAGGCGUUAUUAAUAAUUAUUAAUUAUCAUAAUUAAUUAUUUAUAAUUAAUCAAUAAUUAUUAAUUAAUUUAUCGAUUAAUUAAUUAUUAUUUAAUUAAUCAAUCAAUCAAUCAAUAAUAAUUAAUUAAUCAACAACUAUUGAAUCACUCUUUCAUUAAUUAAUCAACCAUCGGUUAUUCAACCGAUUACACAUAAACUGAACAUGAUUAUUUUAAAUUUCUUUUAUUAGUUGUAUUCCUUGUCCAAAAGGCAAUCGAAUUACUUCAGAAAAAGAUGGAAAACCCAAAUGCGAGCCUUGUCCUAAAAGUAUGUUUGCUGGCUGUAUCUUGUCAUUUCAUUUUAUUUUAUUUUUCCUAAAUUGACCAUUUGCGUAAUAGACUAAAUUUUGAUCUCAACAAAAAUUUCAUUACAGCUUGAAAGAGCAUCACACAAUUAGUAAUAUUCCAAAGUUUCGUUGCAAAAUGUUGUAAAAUGCGGAAAAUAUAGCCUUGCGAAAUUUGCAAUUUUCAGUCAUUUUAGAUUACAAACCGGAAAUUGACAGCCUCGAAGAGUUUGGGGCUGUCAAUUUCCCGUUUGUAAUCUAAAAUGAGUGAAAAUUGCAAAUUUCGCAAGGCUAUAUUUUCCGCAUUUUACAACAUUUUGCAACGAAACUUUGGAAUAUUACUAAUUUUGUGAUGCUCCUUCAAGCUGUGAUGAAAUUUUUGUCUAGACUUGUUUAGUUCAAAAUUUAGUCUAUUACGCAAAUGGUCAAUUAUAUAGUGCCUGUGUUUAUAUAGAGACGAGUUACCCGGCAAGACGAGUACUCGGCAUCAGCGAGAUCCCGGCUAUUAUAGAAACUUACAGAAAUCCUGGGUGACUGUUUAUGAGCAGCAGUGUUUUAUCAGAUAAAAAGAUACGAGGCGAAGCCGAGUAUCUUUAGGUCUGAUAAAACACGCACUAGUUUUAAAUUGCUUCAAAAACGAUCGAUCUAGUAAGUUCAUUGGCGAAGUAAUUUUCAAAAAAUACGUUGUAUAAGUCGAGAAAAUCAAAGUUAAAGUUUAUGUAAAUCAAGGGAAAUCUCUAUCACAUAUGACAUAUGACGAUACGACACGCCCGUGAUUUUUCUUUGUGUUUUCCUCAUGAAUUAUUAAUGAGUUUUUCCAGAAUAUUUUACCAUGUAAACACUUCGCCCUCGGCCGCCCGAGAUAGAAUGUAUUUGCAAUGUAUUUGAAAUAUAAUAGCUCAAAAAUACAUACGAAUCGAUAGAUAAGUUUUCCCGAAUUUCUCGACGCUUAUUCUUGUAUUUUGACGAUAUUUUGUAAUGUUUUUUUGACGUUUCAAACGACUUAAAUCCUUUUUGUGUUUUGGCGCCAUUUCGGCAACCAUGCGGCAAAUGCCGAGUACACACGUAAAAAUCUCACAUCUUGUAGCGAGUCUGUCAACAAGCCGUCAACAAGUCGUCUUCGCACUGCUUGUCCCAAGUUGUCAACAAGUUUGGAACAUGCUGUUAACAACUUGUAACAAUCUUGUUGAUAUUAUCAGACUUGAUAUUUGUGGUGUUACUCUGAGUGUAUAUCCACACCGGGCGAGCUUGAAAAAUAUGCCCGGCCACGGUGGGAUUCGAACCUACGACCUUUGGAAUACUAGCCCAAUGCUCUUCCAACUGAGCUACGCGGUCAGGACGGUUCGAGUAAGUGAUAUUUCGGAACAGAAUCUAGUUCCUUCGAUACCAAAGUAUUCUAGUAAUAUGAAAACAGAAAGAAAAAAACAGAAAAAAAAAAAAAUUCUUAUUAUCAGACUUGUUACAAAAAAAAAAAUAAUAAAAAAAAAAUUCUUAUUAUCAGACUUGUUACAAGGUUUUUUGAACAAGUUCGAUACAGUCGUGAUAUAGCAGAAUUGUUACAACCUUGUGUCGUCAACCUUGUAACAUUCUUGUUAUAUCAUGAUUAUAUCAGACUGGUUAGAACAACCUUGAAACAAGUCUGAUAAUGCCAUCAAGCUUGUUCCAAGUUGUUAACAGCUUGUUCCAAACUUGUUACAACAACUGGGAACAAGCAGUGCGAACACAACUUGUCGACAGCUUGUGAACAGAUUUGGAACAACUUGUUUGCAGACCCGUGUGUAGCUCAAUUCCAUAUAAACAGACUAACAGAGCGCUUGUUUGUCUCGCUUGGGCGAGUAACUCGCCUUGCCGGGAAACUCGCCUUCAUAUAAACAGGUCCUUAGUGUCUUUUAUAAAGUUCUGUUGUGUCUGCAGCAAUGUUAAAUGUAAUAAUGACUUUUCUUCCUCUAAUUCAUUUGUGUAGAGACGUAUCUCAAUGUGUCUGAUCCUUACGGGAAAAACGCGUGUAUUCCUUGUGGAGAAUAUCUGACCAGGUUUGCAGCUCUUCUACAUAUAUACACACAGAAAUUUGAAUUUUGUUUCAUUGGGGAAAGUUAGUGACUAAACUAAACAAACUUUAUACUGGACCAGGGACGAAACGACCGAGGGGGGUGUGGGGGGUGUAACCCCUCCCCCAACUGUGAUCAGAUAAAAUUCAAGUUAAAAUUUUGACAUUUUUAGGUAAAAUUUGCGUAAUAAAGUCGUUAUUUUUGUGAAAUGAUAACCAGUCAAUUUACGUCCAAUUCGUUUGUGAAUUUGCUUUAGAAAACGCCAGAAAUACAGUCCUAGAACUUCAAAAAUGUAAAAAUGUUCUUGAGGACCCCUUUACUUCCGAAACUUAGUGUGACUGUGCAAAUCAAUCACAAAAAGCUUUAUUAUAAUUAUUACACGCAGAUAAAUUUUUAACAUUGAAGUUCAAAUUUCAGGUAAAAUCCUCCGACACCCUCCCAACUUCAGAUGCUUCGCUACGUCCCUAUACAGGACUGAUAAUCCCUGAUCUAUCAGUUCUAUACUAUACUGUUUUUCGUGGAGUUUCUUGUCAAAUGGAUGAUUCCUUUGGUCUAGACAAGAAGGACGAAAUCCAUUACCAUGUAGCUGGAAGAGCAUCUUAAAAUGAGUAAAAUUGCAAAGUUUGGUUACGAAUUGUUGUAAAAUGAGGAAAAUAUAGCCCUGUGAAAGUUCGCAAAUUUUGUAUAUAUUUGCAUUACGCGCGGGAAAAAUAACCAUUUUUGAGCCGACAGUGGUUAUUUUUACCAAGCGUAAUACAAAUGUAUACAAAAUUUGCGAAUUUCACAGGGCUAUAUUUUCUUCAUUUUACAACAUUUCGCAACCAAUCUUUGCAGUUAUACUCAUUCUAAGACGCUCUUUCUAGCUGUGGUUUUGGAUUUUGUUCUUCUCGCCUUGAUCAAAAUUUAGUCUAUAGCUUGAAUCGCCCACUGAAAGCAGUAGCACUCUAGCUUCUCAUAUUUUCCUGAGGUUGAAUUAUUAUCAGACAACCGCAUAUUACAGGAAUUGAACCCCAGUCACUUGAUGAAAGACCCCUUCCUGCAUGACCUCAGGUUCGAGUCCUGCCCGGGACCUAAAGUUGUAUUUUUCGCUACUGUUCCUGGUUACAUUUUUAGAUGAAUGCAUAUAAAUUUCCACUUGAUAAUUUCCAUCUAUGAGACCCUUCAAGUAGGGUGGGUUGACUACAAAAUUUUUGUAGUUCGCUGUAACUACAGCUACUUCAAAAAUAUGUAGUCAGCUACAACUACUGCUACUUUUGAACAAAGGUAGUUCGCUACUGACUACAGCUACUGCUUAAAAAAUGUAGCGAACUAUUUCGCUAUUUCGCUACGCUAUAUUUUUUAGUUUUACUGUAUUUGGAGCAUCUACUAACUCAGGCUGAAAUGUAACCUAGAACAAAUCGACUUACGAGUAGCAACAGUAAACACAAAGCAACAUUUUUGUAAUCACUACAGUGCUCAGGAGUGCAAAUUGACUAUUAAGUAUUGAUUUUAAGCAAACCGUGUCUCGAUAUCAUGCUAUUCUAUCAAGUUGCUAACAGUCUUAAAAAGUAGCGAAUAGCGAUUUGCUGUUUGAAAAGUAGUCCACUACUUGGCUACUUUUAGGCAAAAUGUAAUUCGCUAUAACUACAGCUACUGUUUUAAUAAAGUAGUCAAACACUACUGGCGGCUACUUGAAAAUUGUAGUUCGCUACAGUAGCGAACUACAACUACUUCGCUACUACCCACCCUUGCCUUCAACUAUUAUUCAAUCGAUUGGGAUGCCAACAAAAUCUUGAUAUUUAUCCUUCCCAUAAGUUAUGGCCAUAACCAGUGCGUCAUCAAAACUCCAAUCACCCAGCGUUAGAUUAUAAUUGCGUGGCGGCAGACAAAGUCUGUACAACAUUCACUUAUUAUUUAUUCAUUUUAGUGCCAAAGGAUCAACCGAGUGUGUUUCGGACUGUAAAUUGAUCAGCAAAGGAAGAUCUUAUGAUUUAACACCCAUAGCAGGGUACGUUUUAAAGGAAUAGAUUCUUUUUCAGGUAGUUUAGACACAAACCACGACAGUUUAUUAUGGAAUACUACCUACACUGGACCACCACAUUUGAGAUAUCUUUUUCAGGGAGUUCAGACAUAAACCACGGCAGCUUAUUGUAGAAUACAACCUACUUACACUUGACCUCCACGUUUGAGAUAUCUUUUUCAAGUAGUUCAGACACAAACCAUGACAGCUUAUUGUAGAAUACUACCUACACUGGACCACCACGUUUGAGAUAUCUUUUUCAGGUAGUUCAGAGACAAAGGACGACGACUUAUUGUAGAAUACUACCUACACUGGACCACCACGUUUGAGAUACCUUUUUCAGGUAGUUCAGACACAAACCACGACAGCUUAUUGUAGAAUACUACCUACACUGGAUCUCAAGAAUUUACUUUACUAAUCCGAAUGUGUUUUCCCAGAUUUCGUAGCGUGAAGACCAGUGCGCUGUUUACCUCGAAAGGGACGAAGUACUACCAUCAUUUUAACAUCAGCUUUUGUCAAAAAGAUCCAACAGCCAAAGCUUCUUGUUAUAGAAAUGUUAGCAUGGAGGGAAAUACACAGGUUAGCAGACAGUUAACUAAACUAAUUCUACUUAUACUGGAUAGUUCAUUUCUAAACUGUUCUUCCUAGAGGUCCAGUAAGGAUCAUCUUAUUGAUCCAGUGUUACUACAGGAGGAAACCUAAACUAACUUUAUUUAUACUGGAUAGUUCUAUCUGUUCUAAACUGUUCUUUCUAGAGGUCCAGUAAGAGUCAUAUCUUAUUGAUCCAGUGUUACUACAGUAGGAAACCCAAACUAACUUUAUUUAUACUGGAUAGCUCUAUCAGUUCUAAACUGUUCUUCCUAGAGGUCCAGUAAGGAUCAUCAUUUAUUGAUCCAGUGUUACUACAGAAGGAAACCUAAACUAAACUAACCUUAUUUAUACUAGAUAGUUAACUCUAUCAGUUCUUCCUAGAGGUCCAGUAAGAUUAUCUCUUAUUGAUCGAGUGUUACUGCCAACACUCUCUACAUAUUAUGUUUGUAAACUCCCUAUUUUAGUUUAACUAGAAUUUUUUUUCCAAAACUUCCAACAGGGUAAAGAGACAUUCAACUACACCAUCUGUCGUAUGACCAUCAUACCGAAACAUGACACACAGAAACCUUUAGCUGCACAGCCAAUGAGGUAACAUUGUUAUGCAUGAUGUUGAAGGAACGGUUCUCAAUUCUGAAAUAUCACUUAUUAGAUCUGAAUUGACCUCGUAGCUCAUUUAGUAUAGCAUUGCACUAGCAAGAUCGCAGGUUCUAGUCUCACCGCGAUGAAGAAAUUUUUUAGUUUACCCGACAUGAAUCCACUGGAAUAGAAUCGUUUAAUACUCUCCGAGAUCUUAUCCCGCAAUUAUUAUACGUAACAGCAUGGCAUUCAGAUCGAGGCUUGAGGGACAUUUCAUCACUAAUCGACCGUAAUGCCAUGGCUAUCACUUUGUAAUAUCAUAGCUACCGAGACAAUAAAACGGUUCCAUUCGAUUGAAUAAGGAGCAAAUGUUCAGACUGUAAACAGUAACUUUCAAGGGUGGGUUGACUACAAAAUUUUUGUAGUUCGCUAUAACUACAGCUACUUCAAAAAUAUGUAGUCGGCUACAACUACUGCUACUUUUGAACAAAGGGUAGUUCGCAACUGACUACUGCUAAAGGGUAGGUAGGUAGUUCGCUAUAAAAAAUGUAGCGAACUAUUUCGCUACUCUAUAUUUUUUAGUUUUAUGGUAUUUGGAGCAUCCACUAGCUCAGGUUGUAGUAUAACCUACAACAAAUCGACUUACGAGUAGCAACAGUAAACAAAAAGGGUCAAAGCAACAUUUUUGUAAGCACUACAGUGUUCAGGUGUGCCACUUUUCAUUGCGCUAAAAUAAUCUUUAUUGUAUAAAAUAAUCUUUUAAGCAAACCGUGAUUUACUAUCAUUCUAUUCUAUGAACGGUUGCUAACAUAUUUUAAAAAGUAGCGAAUAGCGAUUCGCUGUUUGAAAAGUAGUCAACUACUUGGCUACUUUUAGGCAAAAUGUAGUUCGCUAUAACUACAACUACUGUUUUAAAAAAGUAGUCAAAAACUACUGGCUACUUACUUGAAGAUUGUAGUUCGCUACAGUAGCGAACUACAACUACUUCGCUACUACCCACCCUUGGUAACUUUGUGAAUAAAUGAUAUGAAGUGUUAUCUUUGGUGAGUUAAUUGAACAUCAAUACAAGAAGUUAUGUAUAAAGAUGAGGACGAUUAGGAACUAAUCAUCCCGUGGAAUGAUUAGUUCCUAAUCGUCCCUCGAGUUUUAGCGGUAAAUUAGUCAUCAAUCGCAUCUCGCGAGACAAAGAAUUUUGAGGUAGUUAUGUGCUAUUUAAAACACGCGUAUAGGAGUGUUUUAUCCUAUUUAAAAUGCGAGUGCGCAGCACGAGCAUUUUAGAUACGAUAAAACACGACUACAAGCGUUUUGAAUAGCUUCAAACACGACUACAAUAGAUGCCGUCUCAUUAGUAUUCUUUAUAUAAAGAAUACUAAUUAGGAUGGACUUUUAUAAAAGAAUACUAAUGAAGAUGAGUUUUAUCAGGUAUAAAGCCUCUUCACGUGACAUAUUAUGGUUGACAUGAUUUGAAAAUAAACUUAUGAAUUAUUAAUGAGUGUUUGAAGAUAUUAAAUUUAAGAUUGUAAGAUAUAUAACACGUCCACUACCAAAUAAAUUUCGUGAUUGUAAUUUGUUUUCUUCGUUAGCGUUGGUGAACAGCUGAUGUUAAUAUCAACGAAAAAGGUGAAGGCCAACGAUGAAAUACUCGCGGAUAAAGAUAUUGUCAAUACGACAGUAGUUUCAUUCCAUUAUCAUGCAAACGAGUAAGUUUCUGUUUCGAUGAUGGCACAAAAUAGUUAAUGUACAGUAUUCUUUGCCAUCCAAACAUGGUAUUUCUACUGUUCUCAAUGCCAUUGAGUCGUUCGUUGCUUUAAAAUCUCAAAGUUUGCAAUAUCGUUUUGUGCACGUUCCAAAACACGCGUUUUUUAUUUUAUCUUAGUUUCACUGAGGCGUGCCCAAAAGGAAGAUCGACUAUCAUACAUAAUGUGUGUGAUCCGCAUCGCAAGGCAAAAGAGGUUUGCUAUUUCAAUCAAAUAUUGGGGUCCAGUGUGAGCAGUAUUCUUCAAUGAGCUGUUAUGAUUUUAUUCGAAAACGUCAUUUUCAUCUCUUCUUAUUGCAUGUCAAUACCAUCUCAACCUUGCUCCCCUCACCUUCUCUGCAUUGUCAACCACCUAACAUCUUCUUCUUAUUUCUUCAUUCCAUAAUGUCUCUGACCAGCUCUCCUUCAUCUCUUCUUAUUACAUGUCCAUACCAUCUCAACGACUCAACCUUACAUCCCUCACCUUCUCUGCAAUGUCUACCACACCACAUGUUCUGAUCUCUUCAUUCCAUAAUGUCUCUGACCAGCUCUCCUUCAUCUCUUCUAAUUACGUGUCCAUACCAUCUCAACCUUGCCUCCCUCACCUUCUCUGCAAUGUCUACCACCCACGUCUUCUGAUAUUUUCAUUCCGUAAUGUCUCUGACCAGCUCUCCUUCAUCUCUUCUAAUUACGUGUCCAUACCAUCUCAACCUUGCUUCCCUCACCUUCUCUCCAAUGUCUACCACCCACGUCUUCUGAUAUUUUCAUUCCGUAAUGUAUCUGACUGGCUGUCCUUCAUCUCUUCUUAUUAUGUGUCCAUGCCAUCUCAACCUUGCUUCCCUCACCUUCUCUGCAAUGUCUACCACCUAACAUCUUCUUAUCUCAUAUCCUAUAUAAUUUCAAUAUUUAGGUAAAAGUUGCUGUGCCUGAGAAAUGUUCUGAGGGAACUUGUGAUGGUUGCAGGUAAUGCUUAUAUUUUGUCCUCCAUUUCUUCCAUAAUUAUAAACUUUAUUAUAAAAACCAGGAAAACUAGCUAGCAUUAAAAGUAAUAUAUAAUAUCAUUCUGUGCAUACAGCUGUCUGAUUAUAUUUUCCCUCGUUCGCAUGCGAGAGAAAAUGCAACAAAAUUUCUAAAUACUAUAUGUUUUCUUGUAUUUUAGUUUCCACUUUAUCGUGUACUCCUCAGCGGCUUGUCCUUUGUGUACUACAGCUGACUAUGACAGUAUUGUCACUGGUUGUGUGGUAUGUUCAAAUAUUUAUUGCUAGCCCUGAUCAAACGAGAACAAGAGUUGCACGAGAGUUGACAAGCGAGUGCUUGCAUCAAUGAGAGUUUCCUCAACUUUCAUUGAUUGAUCAAGCGAGAACAAGAGUUGCACGAGAGUUGACAAGCGACAGUUUGCAUCAAUGAGAGUUUCCUCAACUUUCAUUGAUUGAUCAAGCGAGAACAAGAGUUGCACGAGAGUUGACAAGCGACAGUUUGCAUCAAUGAGAGUUUCCUCAACUUUCAUUGAUUGAUCAAGCGAGAACAAGAGUUGCACGAGAGUUGACAAGCGAGAGUUUGCAUGAUCAAACGAAAAAAAUAUGAUAACUUUUUUGUCUUUUGUAGCUUGUUCGUCUAGAUAGAAUCUCGUAACUUCAAUGGACCUGAAUUCCAUUUACUGAUUCUUUCCAUUUUUGUUUUGCAGAAGGGCAAGAAAUACACGACGUUUGUCUGGAAAAGCUCACAGUAAGUUCCCACCGUGCACACGACGUUGUUUCAACGUUGAAAUUUGGUAGAAAAAAGGUUGCGACGUCGACAACCUAAUAUCUACGUUGCUCUGACGUUGUUUUACAAACAUUGGUUCAACAGCAGCCAACAGACGUUGAAUUAACGUUCAUUCAUGGUUAAAUGUACGACGUCGAUUUGUGAACCAAUCCCAACGUUGUUUUAACGUGGAUUCAACGUUGAAUUAUGGUUGACGAGAUUGGCAACCUAAUUUCAACGUUGUUUCAACGUCGAAACAGUAACGUCGAUCCAAUUUGCAUAGUCAACCCUUUUUCAACGUCUAUCCAACGUCUGGAAGGUCAUUUCCAACGUUGAUUCAACGUUGGAUAAACGUCAUUUUGCCCGCUGGGAAUUAUUAAAAUAAUCUUUUCACACUAAACAGACACGCGAGAAAUUCGUUGUUUCGAUUCUCGAGUAGAAUUUCAACUCACAUACUUGCGUUCUCAGAAGAAACUAGACCAUGAGUUCAAUGAUGGUCUGUAUAAUCACAAAGUUAUAUGAGUCGUUGCUCACAUUCUCGUUAAAUUUCCAGCUUGUGUCUUGGUGGUGUGACUUUACCAGAACGUAACUCAACGACUUGCAGCAUUUUGGAGAGAUCUGUCAAAGAUUUUGCGGUAAGAUUCUAUUAAUGUGUUCACUGCAAAAAUCCCGGAACAUACUUUGACUAAAAUUUUGAGUAAGAUUACUCAAAUUUGUAAUUAUGAACAAAUUAACACAAUUUUUGAG